CGGCGCCCCGACUCACCACCGCACAGCAUCUCCGGGGCUCCGGCGUUUAGCAUCGAAAGAUCGGGCUUGUUUUGAAUAGGACGUGUAGAGCUGGCUUCAGCGCGCGGAGAUAUGAAAUUAAUAGAGAUGGAAAUCGCGCCCGAGGGGAAGAACUUUCGAUUGGUAACGGAAGAGGAACUCCCGGCGGUUGGCGAUGUGCUAGUGCAGUAUAUGCCUGAAUCUCUUAAGUUUCACCAGACGAUUCAAACAUAUCUAAACAACAAGGUGUGGGACUUCCAUUUUUAUGUCGCGAAGAAUUGGCCUGAGGACCCAAUUUGCCUACACUUCCCCGGAUGUACUGGAUCGCCAAACAUCGCCAACGACAUAUUCGAGAGCGUGACCGUAUUCUGCCCGUCGGAGCGCGCGGAGCUCGUCGACCUCCUGACGUCAGAAGACGUCCUGCUGGACCUGACGCAGCCACUGUACCUGAACUUCACGCACGAGGCCAUCGUGAACCGCUUCGAGCGGGUCUACGAGGCCCAUGACAAGAUUACUGGAGACGUGUAUGCGUGCGUCACGCCGCCGCCGGAUAAUACUGCUGAUGAACUCCCACCGGACGUGGAGCUCCUCCGCCUGCAGCCCGAAGACAUGAAGGCCGUGUACGACCUCUACCCGGCCAGCGACAUCGAAUGUCGCGAGGUCUUCGAAAAGCUGGUGGCUGAGCUACCAGCCUAUGGCAUCUUUGUUGAAGGACAGUUGGCGGCGUGGAUGGUGCAAUCGUAUUACGGCGCAAUGUUCUCGAUGCAGACUCGUCCGGAGUUCCGCAGGAAAGGGUACGGAAUCUACCUAGCACGGCGCCUAACCAACGAGGUGGCGGCGCGCGGCUACAAGCCGUUCGUGGUGAUCCGGCCGGAAAACGACGCGUCCCGCAACCUCUACCUGAAGCUCGGCUUCGAGAAGCGCUUCCGGACGGUGCGCGCCGUGCUCCGCCCCCGUUAGCCGGACAAACGUUAAUCACUAGCAGAUUUUAUUUUUUUAACAAUUUUGAAAUCAAAUUUAGCUUGCGAUCUUUGAUCGCUUAGAGAAUUUUAGUAGUAGCUUUAAGAUUGAACGGCGGGCGCUCUCGGCUUUGCGUCUUUUUGGGCAGUCUUUAAACGUUCCAAACGUUGAGACGUCAGCUCGAUUAUGAGCAUCCCAAAUUCAACAGGCAUUUCAGUAGCCGCAUUCUAAUCUGGCAAGCACUCCGCAAAUCUCAAACUUGCUAACUGCUUGCAAACAUUACAUAGUGCUGUUUAUGCGUGUUGUAGAUCAGAUCUCAGGAUCACGAGGAGCAGGAUCAGGUUAAGAAUUUAAUCAGCGUUUGAAAGGUUUAAGGAUCAGCUUUGGCCUUUCGAAUCAUGCUUGGCCGCGUGCAGACAACGAAUGGCCUUUCCCAGCGUAGACUUUAGCUUCGACCAAAGACGAGAGCCGUCGCUGGAACUGCGAUUGGCGCCAUAUAGUUACCUGAUCGCACUACGAUUCGUUAUAACCUGUCCUGAACUGUUGUUGAGCCAAAAUUAUCUGAAACAUAUUGAUAUAACUGCAAAUGCAGCAACAAGGAUAGCCCACUAUAGGGAAAUGGGAGGAUGUCAAGUUAUGAGAGCUUUCAAAUCCCGGAACAUCGCCAGGAAGCUUGGCUGAAGUCAAGUUUUUCUAGAGUUACAAGAUCAAGGUGGUCUCUUAGGAGCUGCUAGUUUGCCAAAACCACUGGUUCCUUUGAGAUACAGGCGGAAGACGCUGAAAUCUGAGGAUGUUAAGGCGACGCAACAAGAAGUCCAUUGAGAAACCUGUUUUACUCUUCAGAUAAUUUUGGCUCCAUCUUAACUCCUCGAGCAGUGGACUCAGGUAGUUCAAGCGACAUGGUUAUUGGUUACCACUAGGCGAACGCUUCAUUGCCACUCGUUGACAGGCGGAACUAUUCUGUCUCAUGGUGAUUGGGACCCGUUAUGAUCUGUGUGAUAGAAAGUUAGUUAAGGGACAUGAGAAAGAACAGACCGUGACCGCACCCCAGCACAAUUCAUUCGAAAUGAUUAAAAUAUCAUAGCACCGACAUGACAUUUAUCAUAAAAAGUUCCGAAUCUAACGAAAAUAAGAUCAGCCCCUUUAGCACAACUUGUCGCGCGCGAGGUCAUACAUCAAGCGCGACGUCAAGUAUGGACUCCUGCGCGACAAGGCGUUGUGCUAAAGGGUCAGGCGUGUCUUUUAAGUUUAAUUUAUAUGAAGGUCGAGUAAUGUAGAUACAGUAUUAAGAUGGAUUCUCAAUGGUCAAUGAGUGAGCGGUGCCUUCUCUAUACCAAAUAAUCUACUCUAAUUCAGAAACGAUCUUAAUACUCGUAGAGUAAGUAGAUAUGAAUUGAAUUGACGAAUUAAAUGAUCUCAAAGGUUUGAAUGGAAUGCUUUUGCGUUAUGUAAUUUGAUCUAACAAUAGUUCGAUCUUAGACAGGAUGUCCGUACAAGUAGCACUUUCCCAAAUGAAAUCAUUGUUGGUUAUGAGAAAACAUUUAAAAUUUGAUACGAAACGUAGAUAGGUACCUAGUAUUUUAAUACGGGAAUGUACAACUAUUUCGACCUAUGUAUUGGUAAAGUUUGCUAUUUAUAUUAUAGUAGGGUAGGUUACUGGGUGUCACACUAGUGUCAACAUAACAACACAUACACAAAUGUAGUGAGAAAAGAUUUGCCUUCGUAUUGUGACGGAAACGUACGAACAUGUCAUGCUAUUUCAGUCAGUCUCAGUACAAGAUGUACUGACAGUCUAACAUUGACUGAACUAGCAUGACAAAUACGAACGUUUCCGAAAAAAAUAUGAAGAAAACUCUUUUCGCAUUACAUCUGUAACGAAAUGUUAAAGCGUGUGAUCUUUAGAAUUUUCAUGGCAGAAUAGGGACUAAUUAAUGACGAUAUGUCCCAUAAUGAAGUUCGGUAAUUGUCAAUCGUCUAGUCUAUAUUCUAAUUGCCGCUACUUCUAUUUUCAGUGGAGUUUGAAUUGUGAUGAAUUAGAAUUAGAACUGAAAUCCCACUGAAAACAAAUGAGUCGCGGUAAUUAGAAUUCACCCUUGCGUCUUGAGAAUGGUCGAGUUCAAAAAACUCACGCUACAUAACCGAUAUCGCACAGAAGCAAAACGUCACUACUUUAAAAAAAACUUGUAUCUUCGUCUGUCGAUGAAAAGAAAAUUGUAGUAAGUAUGUAUGGAAUUCAUAUAGACUUACUGCGUUUUAACUUUGAGGAGCAGCGUGAGAUACGAGAUUUUUUCAAAGUAGUGACGAAAUGAAGAUCCUACAUUGCUAACAAAUCCAUCCAUAUAUAGAGUUGGUAGAAAAUUGAUUAUGUUGGCACUAUUUAACAAAAUAUUUUAGAACUUAGUGACAGUAUCCUGCCCUAUACGAGUAAGUAGGCUGGAAGGGCCGGGUAUGUGAAUAAUCAUCGAUUUAUAAUUUUUAUAACGGCUGUCGUGUGAUACUAUUUAAAUUAAUUUAUUAAGCCUAUGUUAAUUAUUUUUAUUAGAAUGGACCUUAUUAUUAAAGAUUACGGUCUUCCUAUACUUAUACCAACAUUUAUUGACAAGGCUUGGAGUAGGGAAUCGAUAUUUAAUUUACUCUAAUACGUAUUUAUUAAUGAGUGUACCUAUGGUCGAACAGGUAUGUAAACUAUCAAGAAUGUUCGGUUUUUAUUUUAGAUAUACAAUAGUGGAUUGGUAUUAUUUAAUGAAUGUGUAAGUAUUUAUUUACCUAAUCUCAUUGGCUGAAUAAUAUCUUAUUUGUAGAAUCGCAAUUUUGGGUGCCUGUUUAAAAACUGACGAUAUGAAUAAGUGACACCAAAGUACCUAUUUAUUAAUCUGUGACCAAAGUUUGUAACUUGCUUACGUACAUACAUUCUUAACAAAAAGACAACCAAAUGAUC